AUGGCCGCUCCCGGGAAUAAGUUCUUUAUCCAAGAGAAGCUCAACCAGACAGCGCCACACCACGAGAGCUUCCAGGCCUUAUGGGAGACGAAGUGGAAGCGGCCGUGUGAGAUGGGCGUAUACCCAUUCAUGUUUGGGACUACACAAGACUUCCAGCCUGUAGUCGACGAGAUUAUCGAGAAAGGGCUAAAGAGACCUUAUGACUGGGACGAAUACGCCCAAUGCUUCUUUCCUAAAGCAGAGGAGCUUGUGGCCCGCGCAGACGCUGCUAAUAACGAAGGGGAACGGGCUAAAGCCUCGGAAUUAUACUUGCGCGGGUCGGCGCUCUACCGUAUCGCCCGGUUUCCAGCACCGCGCUCUGAGAAACAGCGGUACGCUUGGACAAAAGGUAAAGAGGCUGCUCUCAAGGGGUUAGAAUUAUCGCAGCAUCCCAUGGUGGAGAUUGAGAUCCCACACAUCCACGCAGCGAAUGGAGACGGGCCGGUCCUUUAUGCUUACUACCAUCACCCAACCGCGUUGUCCAAGUCGCCAACUUGUCCCCUAAUUAUUAUAUUCACAGGUCUGGACGGCUACCGGACAGAAUUAUCGGUCUGGAAGAACGGCUGGGCGGAAGUAGGCUGUGCCACACUCGUCGUCGAGAUCCCAGGCACCGGUGAUAACCCCGGAGCGCCGUCUGAUCCCUCUAGCCCUGACCGGGUCUGGAGCAGUUUGUUCGACUGGAUCGCGCAGCAGGACGACAUCGAUCAGAACCGAAUCGUCAACUGGGGCUUUAGUACGGGAGGGUACUACUCGAUACGCGUGGCGCAUACCCACGCUGAUAAGUUGAAGGGAGUGGUGGCUCUUGGGGGUGGUGUUCACCAUAUGUUUGAUCCGGAAUGGCUGGAUGCGGUUGACGACUUGGAGUAUCCUUUCGAUCUCGCCCGUACACUUAGCCACAAGUUCGGAUACGCAGGCCAAGAGUUUGAAAGAUUCAAGAAAGAGGCGCGAGAUAAGUUCUCUCUGCUAACCACUGGCAUAUUGGAUAAGCCAUGCGCACGUCUACUUCUGGUAAACGGAACCGAAGACGAGAUAUUCCCAAUUGACGACUAUUAUCUAUGCUUACAACAUGGCAGCCCGAAAGAAGCUCGGUUUGUCCCGGGCGUCAAACACAUGGGCGAACCGCAAUCCUUCUCUAUUAUUCUGCAAUGGAUCUUUAAGCUGCUUGAUAUCCAAGGAGAUGUGGGGAAAUUCCUGUCGACUAUCCCAUUUAAACCGAAAUAUUAG